AUGCAGGCUGCGGGCGAUUUGGAUGGCAUCAACCCCGAUUCUGGACAUUCCUCAGUAAAGUCUCGUGAAUCAGCUGACGGGUCUUUGGAUGAUGUGCAAUCCACGUCAGCUCAUCAGUUCAUUUCUCCAGUUGAUGAGACCGACGGCAGUCUUGAAAACAGGAUUCUGCGGCAAAUCGAGUUUUAUUUCUCUGAUGCGAAUAUUCUGAAGGACCAGUUUCUUUUGAGGUCCGUUAGAUCCAACAAAGAGGGUUGGGUGAAGCUUUCUACCAUUGCUGCAUUUCGACGUGUUCAAACGCUAACGAAUGACGAAGAUGUGAUUCGGAGAGCAUUAAAAAGUUCAGCUCAAAUAGAGAUCUCUGAUGACGGUAAAAAUGUUUAUUCUUAUCUUGUGCUAGGUAUGCGUAUAAGGCGUAAGCAUCCACUUCCGGACUGGGACAAGUCUGUCUAUUCAAAGUCCAUACUUAUAACUCGCUUUACAGAGGCGGAUGUUGUAACCGUUUUUUCGUCGAUGAACUUGGACGUCAAGCUUGUGCGCAUCGUCGAUCCAGGCAGAGUGAUACCUCGGGAUCUAGUCAAGUCAGCUUCCCUCAUUGGUUUUCUCGGCAAGGAAAAGUGUGCAGUCGUUGAAUUUGAUUCUCGGGAAUCGGCUUUAAGAGCAAUCGGGGUCGUUAAGAACACUUGGCCGAAUUCUUAUUGCACUAUACUGCAUUUGUAUGCACGGCCUCAAAUAUCAUUGACUUCCUGCGUGUACAGCGACGUGAAAGUCGAGCUUGUCCGGGACUCAAGGUCACCGCCAAAUGAAAACAGCGUUGGAUUUGAAACAAACUGGCGGGAGGCGCUGAGUUUCCAUCGGUUGAACAUGGAGGACAGUAAUGAGAAUUCUUCAUGCUCUAUUUCCAUCUCUUCAGAUGAAUUUUUCACACCUCAGGCACCUUCACCAAGAGCUCCAAUUAGUCCUUCAACUGUGGCUUUAUCAUCUUCAGUCGCCCAACCUGCUUCACAACUUAUGUGCUUUGAUGAAGCCAUCGUCUCCGUGAUUCCAACUGCUAGUAGCGGUGCUGGGUAA